AUGUCCCGAUCUGUUAAGCUUUCCAAGGAGCAGAUCGACCGACUCAUACACAUGCUGUCAGACGAGCACAAGAAGGUUCUCUUCAACGUGGCUUGUCGCAAGCUUCUCUUGGCCUUUCAGAUCGCCAGGGGGCACUUCCAGCCUCAAGGCGUGGGGCACAGCCGCCGCAUGCCUUGCACACACAAGCUCACACACUCCCUCGCACUCAAGCAUGUGCUCUCUCUCCUUACAUGGGGCACGGCUGCGCUGCGCCUCCUCAAUCCGCGCCGUUCCUGCUCGCGCUCGUCCAAUGGCUGUUCUUCGUCCUACCCGCGCUCUCCUGCUGGUGCAGCGACCGCGGGUUCCCCCUCCGCGCAACCCUCAAGUCCUUUGCUGCUGCCUGAUGGGAAUGGAGGGGGCGUGGCUGCUACAGCUGCCUCUGCUACAGCCGCCGCGGCCCUCCCCCUGUUGGACCUGCUACAGCUGUUCCUGUGGGUGGCGGUGUCGCCGGCUGUAGCAGAGGAGCUGCUGUUUAGAGGGCUGCUGCUCACGGCCCUGCAAGAGAGGCUCCGCAGGCCCGCUCGCGCAGGCUCUCCAGAGGCGCCGGUCGCAAACCUUCAAAUGCAACCGACGGCCGAUGACAGGCCGACCGUUGGGACGGGGUUUGAGGCGCGUGAAGUGGGGAAAGUGGAGGCGGGUGCUGAUAGAGAAGGGGAGGAGAGCAUCAGAAAUUUGAAGGAAAAGCAGGGGGGAACAAAGGAAGUUCGGGGUACGAGGCGAGGGAGGAGAGCAGGCAAAGAGAAGGCAAGAAGCGUAGGAAGCGAGAGUAAGAGCAGAGAGGCGGGAGCAUCCAAGGAGGAGGAAGAGGCAGUGGCAAUGAUUGCUCAAGUGCUGAUGAAUAAGUACGGACCUCAGAUUGUGAAAGAGGAGGAGGAAGAGGAGGGGCCUGGGAACGGAAGGAUUGAGGGACGGGAGGAGGUGAAAGGAGAGGAAGAACCGGAGCCAACAACGGCGGCGGCGGCGACGGCGGCGGCGGCAGCCGAGGAGGAGGAUGGAAUGGACACAGAAGAGGAGGAGGAGGAAGCAGAAGCAGAAGCGAGUGAGGAGGGUUCACCAGGCACCACAUCUCGCACCCCACGUGCUACCUCUCGCUCCCCCCUCCUCUCCUUUUACCGUUUCUUCUCUUCCCACCUCGGCAUCUCCUCCCCCUCCACGCUCGCUUCCGUCCUCGCCUCUUACCCGCAACUUCUCCGCUCCCAUCCCACCAAUGACUUUCUGCCACGUGUCCGUCUCCUCCAGUCAUACGGCAUUUCCAAUGCUGACAUCGUGCACAUCACUUUGAGAAGCCCUGCCUGGCCCCGAACCCCCCUCCCACAGAUUCAGAAUACGCUUGAGUUCCUUUUGGCUAAAAACGUCCGCCGAAGCAGAUUGGGCUCUGUGCUCCGACGUGGACUGGGCUUACUCUGCAGGGAGCCACGUUCAACGAACCUGGACAUUCUGGUGGAAAGAGCGGGAAUUCCCGAGGACAAGCUGGGUGUGAUUAGAGGGAUGUCCGCCCAUCUUGGGUAG